AUGUCACAAGUACCGAGUCAGAAUUCAACAUUCGAUGAAAUUGAUAAACUACUUGCUGAUCCCGAAUUUUGUCAAGCACUACAAGCGUGGCAAGAUAAUACAGAAAAAUUUCAUUUUAUAAUUAUCAAUGGUAUAUGUCAAACUAUGAAUGAUGCAUUAGCCGUCAUUCGUCAAUUAAUGGAGACAACAGUCGCACACGAACACAAAUUGAUCGAUCAACCUUUGCCAGCAAUCACAGUGGAAGCAAACCUGAUUGGAACAGUUGAUCUAUCAUCAUCACCAUCUCAUGCAAUCGAUCUAUGUACAACUACACCAGUGAUAGUUGAUCUUUGUACGCCUACACCAGCGACAAUUGAUCUUUGUACACCGACAGCAGCAAUAAUUGAUCUUUGUACACCUUCAACACUGACAAUCGACUUAUGUUCACCUGAAAUAACAUCCAAUACGAACUCUACUGACUCACCACUUCGUUUAAGUCCAAAAUGA